GCCAUGGUAAAUUUGGGAAGAGAGCACGUGAGAGGAAAUUGAUUGACGUGUUCAUCUCUAAUCAGUGAUUUCUUCGUCCGGAACACAAACAGCCAAUAAACAUUUGUUUGGACCUGUGUUUGUGUUUUAAAUGUCUGACUGGGAGGAUGAUUAUGGAGCUGACGGUGUGGCGCUUUUGAGGCCGCCGUCUGUACAGGUGAAGUCAUGGAGGCCUCCGUCUCCUCAAAGGGCUCAGACCAGAGACACCGAUGCGCCACGUGCUGAAAUGGUCUUGGAUGGCGGGCAGUGGAGCAACUGGAGGGAGCCAACAUCAAACUUUUGUGACGGUGAAACCAGGAGAAAUAACAGUUACGGUCGGUCUAGGGGUGGACGCGGGGGAGGUUGUUGUGAUGGAGAGAGAUCAAGAUCUUCACCGAUAAUAGUUAACGUGGAGAACUCUCUGGUCGGGAGAAUCAUUGGUCGAGGCGGUGCGAAAAUCCGAGAGUUGGAAGAAAGCAGUGGAGCGUCAAUAAAGAUAAACCGGGGUGAAGAUGAAGCUGAGGUGCUGAUCUUUGGAUCAGGUGAUGUCCAGCUCAAAGCCAAGGAUAUGAUUGAAGACCUGGUGCAGGGGGGGUCUUUCAGGGGUCCUACAGGCCCCAAUGGUAAGUCCCUGCAGGGUUCAUGCCAUUUUCAUUCUUAUAGUUCAUUGAUCAUUUCACUUUUGUUUUCAGGAAAUAGCAACACGGGCUAUCAGCGUGAUUCCUGCUGGCCGUCUUCUGCCGUCCAGGCUGUUGGCGCAGGAGCAACUGCACGUGUGCCUAUUGACUGGAUAGCACUCCGAGAAAACCGUGAUAAAUAUGAAGCUAUAAAAUGGCAAGAUCUUCCACCUCUGAAGAAAGAUUUCUAUAUUGAAGCGGAAUCUGUGACUGCUCGCAGUGCAGAAGAAGUCAAAAUUUGGAGAAAAGAGAACAACAACAUCUUUGUGGAUGAUUUGGUAGAGGGGGAGAAAAGAACCUUUCCCAAUCCGGUGUGUACUUUUGAGGAGGCUUUUGCGCACUAUCCUGGAAUAAUGGAAAACAUUGUCAGAGUUGGAUUUCAAAACCCAACUCCCAUUCAGUCACAGGCCUGGCCAGUAAUUCUGAAGGGAAUAGACCUGAUAGGGAUAGCUCAAACAGGAACAGGCAAAACUCUGGCUUACCUACUUCCUGGCUUCAUUCAUAUGGAUGAGCAGCCUUUACCCAGUCACCAGCGAAACGGUCCCGGCAUGUUGGUUUUGACGCCCACGCGUGAACUGGCACUUCAGAUUGAAGCAGAGUGUAACAAAUACAGCUACAAAGGUUUUAAAACUAUCUGUAUCUAUGGAGGAGGUGACAGACGUUCUCAGAUUAAUAAAGUGAGAAGUGGUGUGGAUAUAGUCAUUGCCACCCCAGGACGAUUAAAUGAUCUGCAGAUGAACAAUCUCAUCAAUUUGCGCUCCAUCACCUAUCUGGUUUUGGAUGAGGCUGAUAGAAUGUUGGAUAUGGGCUUUGAACCUCAAAUCAUGAAAAUCAUUCUGGACAUUCGGCCUGAUAGACAGACUGUUAUGACUAGUGCCACCUGGCCAACGGGUGUUAGGCGGCUGGCCAAAUCCUACCUGAAAAACUCCAUGAUGGUUUACGUGGGCACUUUGGAUCUAGCAACGGUGAACACUGUUCAUCAGAUGGUGCAGAUGGUGCAGGAGGAAGAAAAGAAAGCUUAUGUGUUUGAUUUCAUCCACCGGAUGGAGCCUCAGGACAAAGUGCUAAUAUUUGUUGGAAAAAAAAUAAAAGCCGAUGACCUCUCCAGUGACCUGUGUCUGCAGGGUAUACCUGUACAAUCUAUGCAUGGAGACCGAGAACAGUGUGACCGAGAAGAGGCACUUCAGGACUUUAAAGAUGGUCGCGUGCGUAUACUGGUGGCGACUGACCUGGCCUCCCGUGGACUGGAUGUUCAUGACAUCACGCAUGUGUUCAACUAUGACUUUCCUCGUAACAUGGAGGAGUAUGUGCACAGAGUUGGGAGAACAGGUCGUGCUGGGAGAUCUGGUGCAUCUGUAACCCUGGUAACAAGAGAUGACUGGAGAAUUGCUUCCGAGUUGAUCACAAUUCUGGAGAGGUCUGGUCAGGAUGUACCAGAAGAACUGGUAAUGAUGGCUGAGCGUUAUGAGAAACAUAAGAGGGAGAAAGAAAUGUAUGCACCCAAAGGAGCCAGAGGAGGAGGACGGAGAGGUGGUUUUAGAGGCGGCUCAGACCGAUGGUUCUGAUCUCCUGAAAGAGGGAUAAAGCCGCACUUCCCGGAGUUACAUUCCUAUGCUUUUAAAUAGUUAGGCCUCUAUGUGUAGAAAGGCCUGUGCAGUUUUGGUAAACAACCUUUACAUUCUGUUAAGACACCACUUUGUUGUCUAAGCAGAAUGGAUUUAUUUUAUUGUGAGUUUUUUUUUCCUGUUCAGUCACAUUUAUUAU